GGUCGAGGUAACGUGGACCCAAUGUAGCAAGAGAUUGGAUGCCACACGGAAACUUGAAUCGUAUUGAACUGGUAAUUUAACGAUAUCCAAAGCCACCGCAACGAACCCACCAACCCCGGCGAGCGUUGGUUCGUCGCCUUCCACAACCGGCAUCCUCCGUCACCACACGCAAAAUUACAAAAACAACCUUCUAAUAAAGUAAUGCAAACGGCAUGCUUAUUUAAAGGACCAUACGUGUCAAAAUACCAAUCAUUUUCUCCGCCGUUUCUCUCUCCUCCUCAUCGAGGAGUACUCAUCACGCCCAAAAGUAGACCCAGAACCAGUACCACCAGUGGGAAGACUUUUGUAAUUAGGGCAAUGCCUGAUUCUUCUUCUUCUUCGCCUGAAAUCGAUAACAAUGGCGCUUUGCGUAAGUUCAAACUGAACGAGUCGUCGUUCUUGGCUUCUCUCAUGCCGAAGAAAGAAAUCGGAGCCGACCGAUUCAUCGAAGCACAUCCGGAGUUCGAUGGCCGUGGUGUUGUUAUUGCUAUAUUUGAUUCUGGUGUUGAUCCAGCUGCUGCUGGAUUACAGGUGACCUCAGAUGGGAAGCCAAAAGUUCUAGAUGUUAUUGAUUGCACUGGGAGUGGUGAUAUUGAUACAUCAACUGUUGUCAAGGCUGAUGCAAAUAAUUGCAUCCGUGGAGCAUCAGGGGCAUCUCUCAUUAUAAAUCCUUCUUGGAGUAAUCCUUCUGGAGACUGGCAUGUGGGAUAUAAACUAGUGUAUGAGCUUCUUACAGACACACUCAUUACUCGUUUGAAGAAAGAGCGAAAGAAAAAAUGGGAUGAAAAAAAUCAAGAAACAAUAGCUGUAGCUGUGAAGCAACUUGAAGAGUUUGACAAGAAGCAAACAAAAGUCGAUGAGUUGGUUUCAAAAAGGACUCGUGAAGACCUACAAGAUAGAGUUGAUUAUUUAAAGAAACAAUCAGAUAGCUAUGAAGACAAGGGCCCUGUUAUUGAUGCUGUUGUAUGGCAUGAUGGAAAAGUCUGGAGGGUUGCCCUUGACACACAAAGUCUCGAGGAUGAUCCAAAAUGUGGAAAACUUGCUGAUUUUGUCCCCCUAACUAAUUUUAAGAUUGAACGAAAGUACGGUGUAUUUAGCAAAUUAGAUGCGUGUACUUUCGUGACCAAUGUUUACAAUGAAGGUAAUAUUUUGAGUAUAGUUACUGAUAGCUCGCCACAUGGCACUCAUGUAGCUGGCAUUGCAACUGCUUUCCACCCACAGGAGCCAUUGUUGAAUGGAGUUGCCCCUGGAGCGCAAGUAGUUUCAUGUAAAAUUGGAGACUCAAGAUUAGGUUCAAUGGAAACUGGAACUGGAUUAACACGUGCACUAAUCGCGGUUGUGGAACAUAAAUGUGAUCUUAUCAACAUGAGUUAUGGAGAGUCAACAAUGUUCCCAAAUUACGGGAGGUUUGUUGAGCUUGUUGAUGAGGUGGUGAAUAAGUACCGCGUAGUGUUUGUUAGCAGUGCGGGCAACAACGGGCCCGCACUGACAACCGUAGGUGCCCCUGGUGGGACCUCUACCAGUAUUAUAGGAGUUGGUGCUUAUGUGUCUCCUGCAAUGGCUGCUGGUGCACAUGCUUUAGUUGAAGCUCCUUCUGAAGGGCUCGAGUACACAUGGUCUAGUCGUGGGCCCACUGCUGACGGGGAUUUAGGUGUGUAUGUGAGUGCUCCUGGUGGGGCUGUGGCCCCUGUGCCUACGUGGACUCUUCAAAGGCGUAUGCUUAUGAAUGGUACUUCCAUGUCUUCUCCUUGUGCGUGUGGUGGAGUUGCUCUUGUCAUCAGUGCCAUGAAGGCUGAAGGGAUUCGUGUGAGUCCAUAUAGUGUGAGGAAGGCUCUUGAGAAUACUUGUGCUCCGAUUGGUUGUUUGCCAGAAGAUAAACUAUCAAAUGGAGAAGGCCUUAUUCAAAUUGACAAGGCUUUUGAGUAUGCUAAAAAAGCAGCUGACUUGCCAUGCGUUUGGUAUAAGAUAACCAUUACUCAGGCAGGAAAAACAACAGCAUCAACAUUGCGAGGCAUAUACCUAAGAGAGGCUAGCUAUUGCCAUCAGUCUACUGAGUGGACAGUGCAAGUUGAACCACAAUUCCAUGAAGGUGCAAGUAAUUUGGAACAAUUGGUUCCAUUUGAAGAGUGCAUUGAGUUACAUUCUACUGGAAAAGACAAGGACGUGGUGAAGGCUCCAGAGUUUCUUCUUCUCACUUAUAAUGGUCGCAGCUUCAAUGUGGUUGUAGACCCUACAAAGCUUAGUGACGGUUUACACUAUUUUGAAGUGUACGGGAUAGACUGUAAAGCCCCAUGGCGGGGUCCGCUUUUCCGUAUUCCAAUCACCAUCACAAAGCCAAAAAUUUUAACAGCUCGGCCUCCAUUAAUUACAUUUCCUGGAUUAUCUUUCCAGCCAGGCCAUAUUGUUCGCAAAUACAUCGAGGUCCCAUAUGGCGCCACCUGGGUGGAAGCAACCAUGCGUACAUCAGGGUUUGACACUUCUAGAAGAUUCUACAUAGACGUUGUGCAGCUCUCCCCACUAAGAAGGCCUAUAAAAUGGGAAAGUGUUGCAAUAUUCUCAUCUCCAUCCACAAAGAGUUUCACCUUUUCUGUAGAAGCUGGUCGGACAAUGGAAUUAGCAAUUGCUCAGUUCUGGUCAAGCGGAAUCGGAAGUCAAGAAACUGCUGUUGUGGAAUUUGAGAUUGCAUUCCAUGGUAUAAAUCUUAGCAGAAGUGAAGUGAUCCUUGAUGGAAGUGAAGCGCCUGUUAGAAUCGAAGCACAAGCUCUGUUAUCAUCUGAGAAACUUAUUCCAAUCGCAAAGCUAAACAAGAUUAGGGUUCCUUAUCGGCCUGUUGAUGUAAAAAUGAGUGCUCUUUCAGCAGAUAGAGAUAGAUUACCCAAUGGGAAACAGAUACUUGCGUUGACUUUGACUUAUAAGUUCAAAUUGGAAGAAGGAGCUGAUGUGAAACCACAGAUACCUUUACUUAACAACCGUAUCUAUGACAAUAAGUUUGAAUCACAGUUUUAUAUGAUUUCAGAUUCUAACAAGCGUGUGUAUGCCAUGGGUGAUGUGUACCCGGAGUCAGCAAAACUGCCCAAGGGUGAAUACAAUUUGCAAUUGCACUUGAGGCAUGAGAAUGUGCAGUACCUGGAGAAAUUGAAGCAAUUAGUGUUGUUCAUUGAGAGAAAAUUGGACAAGGAGGCUGUGCAAUUGAGCUUUUAUACACAACCAGAUGGUCCAGUCACGGGUAGUGGCAGCUUCAAGUCGUCGACAUUAGACCCUGGGUCAAAAGAAGCAUUUUAUGUAGGGCCUCCGACUAAGGACAAGAUUCCAAAGAACUCUGGGGAAGGAUCUGUAUUGGUUGGUGCAAUUUCAUAUGGAAAGCCUUCAGCUGAGGUUACAGACCAAGGAAAUGACCCUGAAAAGAAUCCUGUAUCAUAUCAGAUAUCUUAUCGAGUCCCACCAACUAAGGUUGAUGAGGAUAAGGGAAAGAGUUCUAAUUCUAGCAAGGCAUCAACAAAAAGUGUCUCGGAACGUUUAGAGGAAGAGGUGCGUGACACGAAGAUAAAGGUUCUUGGAAGUCUGAAACAAGGUACAGAAGAUGAACGGGCAGAAUGGAAAAAGUUAUCUGUGUCACUCAAGGCGGAGUAUCCAAAAUAUAGUCCAUUAUUGGCGAAAAUAUUGGAGGGAUUGGUUUCCCAAGAAGUGGAAGAUAAAGUACAUCAUUAUGAAGAGAUAAUUGGUGCAGCGAAUGAGGUAGUGGAGAGUAUUGACAGAGAUGAAUUGGCACGAUUGCUUUCCAUGAAAGGUGACCCUGAAGAGGAAGAAUUUGAGAAAACGAGGAAGAAGAUGGAGAGUCGAGUUGAACAGCUGGUUGAAGCACUGUACCAGAAAGGUUUAGCCUUAGUGGAACUUGCAUCCCUAAAGCAGGGUGAGAUGGCGGCUUUGGCUGCAAACUUAGGUGCAGAAGUUGUGGACAAGCCUACUACUACUACGACGACUGCUGAUGGAGAUCUGUUUGAAGAGACUUUUAAAGAGUUGCAGAAAUGGGCGGACAAAAAAUCACCUAAAUAUAAGACUCUUGUCAUAAUACGGGAAAAGCAUAGUGGAAGGCUUGGCACUGCACUCAAGGUGAUUGGUGAGAUGAUGGAAGAAGAAGGUGAUCCCCCACAAAAGAAGGUUUAUGAAGAAAGAAUAUGUUUGCUUGAUGAGAUUGGAUGGGGCCAUCUCGUGACAUACGAGAAACAAUGGAUGCUCCUUCGCUUCCCACCAAACUUACCCCUUUUCUAAUUCUACCUUCCUCUCUCCUCUCUCCACUACUACUACUACUACUAGAUGAUGAUGAUGAUAUAUGUACUUGCCGACUUUCUUUCAUACAGAUGAGACAAUUUAAUAAAUAAAUGCGUGCGCAUAUGUAUGUAUGUAUGUAUGUCUUUAUCAUUGAUUAAAUGUGUGGUGUUUGUAAAAAACUAAAAAAUGUCAUGGACAGGAGUUCACCAUAUUUCCUUACUUUGGGUAGGGGUUGCUGUAUUUCAUUUUCAACUGUAAAGGAAAAUAACUACUACACUAAUCAGUAGUCAUUGGUCCCAGCCCUCUCUUCUAUUUAAAUUUUAAAAACAGUAGUGUAUUUUGUUUUUCUAGAUCUGCAAUAGAAGAUGUGGGCUAAACAUUUGAAGAAGAUUUUGUUUGUAUUUUAAUGUCUGUUGACUGCUAAACUAAACAGAGUGGUAAACUACAAAUUUUAAUGACGAUAAAAUAAUUAAGUCAUUUUUAAACA